AAAACAGGGACCCGGGGCGGCAUGAAGAUGAAAAUAAGUUUUAUAUUCCAAGAAGACAAUGGUGCAGUUAACCUCAAACACCAUUUUCGAAUUGUUGUUUAGAAUCAUCUCUGCUAGACUCCGUUAGCUUCACGCUUAAUAGUUGUACAUAUUUUACUAUGUUUUACCAUAUAUCUCUAGAACAUGAAAUUUUGUUGCACCCUCAAUAUUUCGGGCCUCAAUUGCUCGAAAAAGUGAAAACCAAAUUAUAUACUGAAGUUGAAGGAACUUGUACUGGAAAGUAUGGGUUUGUAAUAGCCGUUACUACUAUUGAUCAUAUAGGAGCUGGGCUUAUACUUCCUGGACAAGGAUUUGUAGUAUACCCAGUAAAAUAUAAAGCCAUAGUAUUUAGGCCGUUUAAAGGAGAGGUUCUGGAUGCGGUAGUGCGACAAGUCAAUAAGGUGGGCAUGUUUGCAGAGAUCGGCCCCUUAUCCUGUUUCAUAUCACAUCAUUCCAUCCCAGCGGAAAUGGAAUUCUGUCCCAAUGUAAAUCCGCAAUGUUAUAAAACUAAGGAGGAAGAUAUAGUAAUCCAUGCGGAGGGAGAAAUCAGACUUAAGAUUGUGGGUACACGAGUAGACGCCAGUGGAAUCUUUGCAAUUGGAACUUUGAUGGAUGAUUUCCUGGGGCUCAUCAGCAACUAAUCUGCUUUAUCGUACGUAAUUAAGGUAAAUCUAUAUAUAUAUAUUAUAUAAUAAAAACAGAAGGUGAACAUUA